AUGACUGCUGAUUUAGCAUCUCCACAUAGUAUUUGUAAUGGUACAAUGAAUGAAGAAUCGGUAUUAUUCAUUGUGGAUAGUGAUAGUUCAAUUACACGUAUUGUUACACUUCACGAUAGACAUGUUGCUAAUUUAAUUGGUGAUGAUGAUGAUCCAAAAAAUCUUUCAGCAUUUGGUGAUCUUGAUAGUAAUGGUCAUAAUGCCAAAUUACAAUAUCCAGUUGGUAUUGCAUUUCAUUAUCCAUCAUCACAAUUAUAUGUAACAGAUAGAUUUAAUAAUAAAUUAAAACGUGUUGAUAUAAAAACUUUAAUUUGUUCAAGUUAUUUUGUAACGGAUACUGAUAGAAAAAAACAACGUGGAGAAACAAAUUCAGCUAAAUUUAAUGAACCAUAUGGUAUAGCUAUAUUUGAACAUUUUCUCUUUCUUGCUGAUAAAAAUAAUUCACAUGUUAAACGAAUUGAUCUUGAUCAGGACACAAUUGUUCGAGUAACUGAUGGACUUCAAUUACAUAAAGGUAAUGCUGAUACAUGGAUUAUUGAUGAUGAAGAUAAAAUAAUAAAAUUAAUUUUUAUUAUUAAAUCUAAUAUAUGA